GUUGAAGUGAGUAAGUGAGUGGUCGAUGCGUUUGGAAACUGAAGGAUAAAUAUACAUUUGAUCAAAAAAAGAGAGAGAAAGCGAAAACGAAGGUAUUUAUUUGUAAAUUUGUCAAAUUAAAAUUUAUUUUGAGAGUUGAGAAGCUAGGCGGUUAACAACAUCUAAGCCUCGCGCGCUUAGCCGGUGGCGUUUAAAUCUGAAAUUUAACGUAUUUAACGUCCAGUUUAGCUCGCUUAUCGCCGCGUUCGCGUUUCCUCCACACGAUAUUUUCCUGAAAAUAGUCUGUUUUUGCUAUAUUUAAGUCAGAAGGCGCGUUGAAGAGAAGAAUAAAAGGUGUGUAAAGGUGCAGAAAUGACGGGGAAGGCGGUGAAGGAUGUUGACCGUUAUCAGACGCUGCUCUCAUCACUGCUCGCGCGGGAGGAAAACAAGUUCUGCGCGGACUGUCGAGCUAAAGGUCCCAGAUGGGCAUCUUGGAAUCUAGGUAUCUUCAUCUGUAUCCGCUGUGCAGGAAUCCAUCGAAAUCUUGGCGUUCACAUAUCCCGGGUCAAAUCUGUUAACCUGGAUCAGUGGACGCAGGAGCAAAUCCUGUGUAUGCAGGAGAUGGGGAAUGCCAAAGCUCAGCGUCUCUACGAGGCCUUUUUACCCGAGUGCUUCCAGCGUCCAGAGACGGACCAAUCAGCAGAAAUCUUAAUCCGGGACAAGUAUGAGAAAAAGAAAUAUAUGGACAAGUGUAUUGACAUCCAAGCGUUUCGAAAAGAGAAAGGUGAGACAGUAACAAAAGAGCCACCUGUUGUUUUCGAGAAGAUGAAGCUGAAGAAGGAAGAGCCUCAGCAAUACAAGAGUAGUCCAAAGAAGCAAUCUCAGUCAGUAAAUGAUCUUUUAGGAUUAGAUGCUCCUGUCGCGUCGGCUCCUGUAGCCAAUGGCAGUGCCAGUCCUGAGCAAGGUCAAGCACUGGAUCUGUUCAGUUCCCUGCCGACAGCCACCUCACAUUCAGCCAGAAGCACACCUGUCUUCAGCUCUGUGCCUAGCUCUAUGCCUAAAGGCCGCGUUGCAGCAUCAGUGCCGGAAAACCUGAGCCUUUUCCUGGACCCACCUGCCAAAAACGAGGAAAGCAGCAAGAAGAUGUCCAAAGACUCCAUCCUGUCACUGUACAGCAGUGUAACACCUCAGACCAACAUGGCUGCUAAUGCUGGUAUGUACAUGGGGGCACCUCAAAUGGGAUACGCCCCUGCACCUAGCUACGGGCACUAUCAAGCUUUGGCCGCACAGCAAGGUAUGAUGGGAGCCAUGAUGGCUCCUCAGGUCAACAUGCUGGGACAGCCAGGUGUGAUGGCAACAGCACGAGUGGCUACUCCUUCUCCUUACAUGGCUGGUGUGCAGGGUGGCAUGAUGGGAGUGCAGGGGGGCAUGAUGGGAGGCGUCGGGGCACUGCCGCAGCAGCAGGCAUACACAAUGCAGCAGAGUCAGCAGUUACAGUGGAACAUCACCCAGAUGACUCCCCACAUGGUGGGUAUGAACUAUUACGGGCAGAACCACGUGGCGGGAUACGGACAGCCCAUGGGCGGAGCCUCAGCGCCCAGCACUAAUCAGACGCUUGGCUCUCAUGUAUGGAAAUGAAAGCUUGUUAAGUGAAAAUAGGUUUGGGAGCAUCGCAAUAAACUGUAAGGGACUCUCGGGAGGCUUUUACGUACUCUUCAUCAAACAUUCCUUCAGCAGUGAAGAGGAAAUGUUGUUUCAGAGGAUCGACCUCAAGAGGAAGAGUUUCUACCUCCUGUGUUUUUCAUAGCCAUUAUUUAAUCCUGGGAUCCGAAACGGUGCGCUCCAGGAGUCCAGCAUCUCUCUCUCUCUCUCUCUCUCUCUCUCUCUCUCUCCUCUCUUUCACAGCAGCUACAGCCCAAACACAGCAGCUCUCCCGAGCUACACCGUAAACACCCCCUCAGCGUCCUUUACUUCCUCAAACGUCUAGUAGUUACGACGUUUUUGUUUGCAUGUAGGUUUCCAGCUGGUCUCGCGUGUUCUUUUUAUCAUCAGCGUCGUCGUCUUUACGCUUUUCCUAAAUUGUACGCACCUAAUAAACCUGCAUGCACUGAUCGCGUAAAAUGACAAAGACGUAUUUGUAAAACACGUACCUUAAAUAAUGUGAUGAUGCUGUUUUGGUCCAAGUGUUCCUGUGGGUUUUUUUUUUUUUUUUUUUUUUUUUUAAAACCCUUUUUCUUCCCCAGCUGAAGAUGAUGUUGAAGCCUGUAUUAGACAGCUGGAUUGUAUUUUCCUUUUUUUUUUUUUUUUUUGCGUGUGUACUGUAUGUGUGUGAGAUUUUAGGAUACUGUGAUGGAGGUGUAGUCCAGCUACUCUCCUUCUGUUCACUCAGGAGGGAAAUGUAAGAGAUGGGUUCUUUUUUUUUUUUUUUAAUCAAAACUAAGAGAAAUCAUAGCCAAAGAAUGCAGAAAUAUUCAUUUAGAUAUACGUUUGUCAAGGAUUUCAAUGCAUAUGAGAACAGUGUUCUGGUGACAAGCUGUUGAUUUAGUCUUGAUUUAAUCUGUAAAUGUACAUCAGACCUGCGUACAUACGUGAUGAAGUCAAGCACCCAGCCACAUUUGAUUGUAUCGUAUUGUAUAAACAGAGCACUUUUUUUCCUUGACUGUACAUAGGGUGCUCUCCAGCUAAUGAGGGUCAGAUUUAACGUGCAGGGUUUUUAAUCGUUUAAACCGUACCUCGCGGCUUCAGUCUGUACAGAGACCAAAUGAAUGUUUUUCACUCACAUCCUGUGCUUCAGAUGCCGGUUGUUUUCUUAUUUUUAUUUAAUUUUUUUUAGGUCACAUAGAUAAAGGCUAUAUUUCCACAGCCUUACCUUAUGUCGCUCUGAAGCUCAGAUAUUAACCUUGGGCUCAUUAGCACUCUUACACAACAACUCGUUUAAGGAGACUUCAUCUGUAGAUGUACAUUUGUGACAUGCUGUUUACAUACAAGUUAAUACCAGUCUUGCAGGAACAUGCAUAAAUGUAGUGAGGGAUUUUUUUUUUAUCAGGUUUGGCAAUAUUAAGCUUCCACUGUGGUACACAUAGCAAAAACUUUCAGACUUUAUUGUAAGAGAAUUUCUCACUUUUAUGCAGUCUCAGUUGUGUUUGAGAAUGCCUGUCUCUGUGGCUGAUGCUGUGUCAUAGUGAAUGCUUUCCUAAACUCUUUAUUCAUCUACCAGUACCAGCCAAAAGUUUGGACACACCUUUUAAUUCAGUGUUUCUUGUUUAGUGCUAGAACAAUGCUUGAGAUUUCCAAACCAUGCACUACAAGGGUGAGUCAGAAAUUAUCCACGUUUUGGAUAACAGAAGGUUUUAUAUAGACAGAGUGCAAAUAAUUUUUGAGUCGCUCUUGUAAUACCUAUGGUAUUGGGUAAUUACGUAACAAGAAGUUAGUUGUUAUUUUGUAAGACAUGAAGGUCAGCUGUUCUGGAACAGUAUUGUGUCAAGUGCAUUUGCAAAACUCAUCAAGCACCAUGAUGAAACUGGUUCUCAUAAAGACCUUCCCAGGAAAGCAAGACCAAGACUUACUUUGCUGAAGAGGAGACGUUCAUUUAGAGUCACCAGUUACCUCAGAAAUCACCAAUUAACAAACAUUACCUCAGAUUAGAUCCCUUAUGAAGGAUUUACAUAGCAUAAGUGUCAUCUGUUAUCAACUGUUCAAAAGUGAUUAUUGCAUAUUUUGGACAGCUUCAGCCUUGUUUUCAGUGUAGAAAGAAGUGGGUGGAACAACUAUGGGAUUAGAAAAGUGUGUUCAAACUUAUGACUGGUUCCGUAUACCCAUUACAAGCUAUAAUUUUUUCUAAACGUCUUCAUUGUUUUAGGACAUAAUUAAAAUAAAAAAUUCUACCUGGCAUGAUUUAAUCUGUACAAGUUUUUGGUUUCCCGAACUGAUCUGAUUUGGUCCGUUUUCAUAUUGUUACCUGCAAUGCUAUUUAAAAACAAUCCAAUACUAAUGCAUCUCCCUUUUAAAAUAAAAUAAAUAAAUAAAUAAUAGUAGUCCAUAUGCUCUAUUGAAAGGACCUCUCGGAGGCAUAACGAAGACGCUGUGGCAUUCAACAAAUUAGUACACACGUGUAAAAUUUUUCAGUUUCAUGUGUGAUUCCAUGAGCAGAUUAUUAAUGCUACAAAACCUUUUUUUCUGAACUGCAUGGCAUGUUCAUUGGCUUUACCUUAAGUCGUGACUGAAUCCUAAAACUGUUUAGGAAAUUGUCCCAUGUACUUGUUUAUCACAGGAAAGUUAACAAAUCUUUUCUGUAUGGAAUCCAUAAAGCAAUACUGGAUUAGCAAGAAAAGAUAGAGUACAAUGAUGUAAUCGAAAUCUAGCACUUAUAAGUAGGAUUGCAGUUGUAUAGCGCAUUGUUGUAUAGAGUUAGAUUGAAUAUCAUCGACACGCACAAGCCCACAACACGCAACAAACUGCUUUUUUCAUUUAUCUGAUAUGUAUAUAUAAUAAAAAUGUUUUUGUUUAUGGCAAAAUAAUAGGGGUUUUUACCAUUUUGAAAUAUUUUUGUUAAAGUUUUGAGAGCAGCGCAUGUGACCCUAAUGGCAGUUCAGGUAUGCAGCUUUUCAUCUUUGGUGUUCUGGUGCUAAUGUUUAUUUGACUUGUGUGACUGUAAGGACAGAUCAUAUCAUCAUCUUGGUACCAGAGCGAAGCUAAGGCGCUGCUGCGGUUCUUAAAAUGUAAUCAUGGAGGUUGAGCGUUACGAAACAUGUACAUGUGUGUUUAACUGAAUGUUUAAUGCUUAAUUAUGUCUGCUUCCUUUUGAUAUAUCUUCCUUUUGAUAUUUUAAGUUUUCAAAAUGUGUAUAUUACAAAGGCUGGAUUGAAUAAUAACAUAAUAAAGAAAUGUAUUUUAUCCUCA